UCAAGACCCAAGGUGCGCGCGUCAGCGUCCGAGGCGGUUGGCGUUUGGGAGUUGGUUAAGCGGGACUCGAGGGCAUGUGGGAUUCAGAAAGGAGCAUUGAAAAUUAUGAAAUUAUGAAUGUUUCUUUGGAUGUUAAUCCAUUGCACCAAGCAUGAGCUGUGCCUAGAGAUCAGAGGCAAUUAUUUCCAGUCAGAGAAGGAAACCAGUGCCUGGCAUUCUCACCAUCUUUCUCCCUGCCAUGAUCAAGUGCUUGUCAGUUGAAGUACAAGCCAAAUUGCGUUCGGGUUUGGCCAUAAGCUCCUUGGGCCAAUGUGUUGAGGAACUUGCCCUCAACAGUAUUGAUGCUGAAGCAAAAUGUGUGGCUGUCAGGGUGAAUAUGGAAACCUUCCAAGUUCAAGUGAUAGACAAUGGAUUUGGGAUGGGGAGUGAUGAUGUAGAGAAAGUGGGAAAUCGUUAUUUCACCAGUAAAUGCCACUCGGUACAAGACUUGGAGAAUCCAAGGUUUUAUGGUUUCCGAGGAGAGGCCUUGGCAAGUAUUGCUGACAUGGCCAGCGCUGUGGAAAUUUCAUCCAAGAAAAACAGGACAAUGAAAACUUUUGUGAAACUGUUUCAGAACGGAAAAGCCCUGAAAGCUUGUGAAGCUGAUGUGACUAGACCAAGCGCUGGGACAACUGUAAUAGUGUAUAACCUGUUUUACCAGCUGCCUGUACGGAGGAAAUGCAUGGACCCUAGACUGGAGUUUGAGAAGGUUAGACAGAGGAUAGAAGCUCUCUCACUCAUGCACCCUUCCAUUUCUUUUUCUUUGAGAAAUGAUGUUUCCGGUUCCAUGGUUCUUCAGCUCCCUAAAACCAAAGACAUAUGUUCCCGAUUUUGUCAAAUUUAUGGAUUGGGGAAGUCCCAAAAGUUAAGAGAAAUAAGUUUUAAAUAUAAAGAGUUUGAGCUUUGUGGCUAUAUCAGCUCUGAAGCACAUUACAAUAAGAAUAUGCAGUUUUUAUUUGUGAACAAAAGACUAAUUUUAAGGACAAAGCUACAUAAACUCAUUGACUUUUUAUUAAGGAAAGAAAGUAUUAUAUGCAAGCCAAAGAAUGGUUCCAGCAGUAGGCAAAUGAAUUCAAGUCCUCGGCCCCGGUCUACCCCAGAACUCUAUGGUAUAUAUGUAAUUAAUGUGCAGUGCCAGUUCUGUGAAUAUGAUGUCUGCAUGGAGCCAGCCAAAACUCUGAUUGAGUUUCAGAACUGGGACACUCUCUUGUUUUGCAUUCAGGAAGGAGUGAAAAUGUUUUUAAAGCAAGAAAAAUUAUUUGUGGAAUUAUCAGGUGAGGAUAUUAAGGAAUUUAGUGAAGAUAACGGUUUUAGUUUAUUUGGUGCUACUCUUCAGAAGCAUGUGACUUCCAAUGAGAGGAGUAACCAGGGCAGUUUCCAGGAAGCAUGUAAUAAUAUUUUAGAUUCCUAUGAGGUGUUUAAUUUGCAAUCAAAAGCUGUGAAAAGAAAAGCUACUGCAGAAAACACAAACACACAGAAUUCUAGGGAUUUAGAAGCUAUCAGAAGAAAUACAAAUGAUUCACUUUUGUACACUUGUGAAUCAGGUGGUCCAGGCCACAGCAAAAUGACAGAGCCAUCAUCACAAAACAAAGACAGCUCUUGCUCAGAACCAAAGAUGUUAGAACAAGAGGGAAUUGUCGCAUCAGAAGCAGGAGAAAAUGAGAAACAUAAAAAAUCUUGCCUGGAACAUAGCUCUUUAGAAAAUCCAUGUGGAACCAGUUCGGAAAUGUUUUUAAGUCCCUCUCAGACACCACGUCACUUUGAGGAGAGCAGGGAGAAUCUAACAAUAUGGAAAGAAAGUACUGUUAAUGGCAUGGCUGCCAACAUCUUGAAAAAUGAUAGAAUUCAGCCUCAACCAGAGAGAUUUAAAGAUGCUACUGAAGUGGGAUGCCAGCCUCUGCCUUCUGAGGCAACAUUACUGGGAGUACAUAAUGCUCAGAUAGAGAAAGAGAAAAGACAAAAAGAACCUAGCAAUUGUGGAGGAAGAAAUGUUUUUAGUUAUGGACGAGUUAAAUUAUGUUCCACUGGCUUUAUAACUCAUGUGGUACAAAAUGAGAAAACUAAAUCAACUGAAACAGAACAAUCAUUUAAAAAUUAUGUUAGACCUGGUCCCACAAGUGCCCAAGAAACAUUUGGAAAUAGAACACGUCAUUCAGUUGAAACUCCAGACAUAAAAUAUUUAGCCAGCACUUUAAGUAAAGAAUCUGCUCAAUUACCCAACAAAAAAAUUUGCAGAACAAAUAUAAGUUAUGGGCUAGAGAAUGAACCUACAGCAACUUAUAAAAUGUUUUCUACUUUUCAGGAAGGUAGCAAAAAAUCACAAACAGGUUGCAUAUUAUCUGAUACACUCUCCUCUUUCCCCUGGUAUAGAAAUGUUUCAAAUGAUAUUAAGAAAACAGAUAAAUUAAUUGGUUCCUCCAAACCAAUCGUCCGUAAGAAGCUAAGCUUGAGUUCACAACUAGGAUCAUUAGAGAAGUUUAAGAGGCAAUAUGGAAAGAUUGAAAAUCUUCAGGAUACUGAAGUAGAGGAAAGGAACGUUGAAGUCACUACCAAUCUCUGUCCUCAAGUUGAACUGGACAUUCUGCUGAAGGACAAGAACUGCUUAGACAACUCUGAUGUUUGUAAAAUCACUACUACGAAGCAUAGUGAUUCAAAUAGUAGUUGUCAACCAGCAAGCCACAACCUUUACUCAGAGAAGUUUCCAUUCUCCAAGGAUGAAGAUUGUUUAGAACAACAGAUGCCUGGUUUGAGAGAAAACCCUAUGACCCUGAAGGAGUUCUCUCUCUUUAAUAGAAAACCUCUGGACCUUGAGAAAUCAUCUGAAUCACUAGCCUCUAAAUUAUCCAGACUGAAGGGUUCUGAAAAAGAAACUCAAACAGUGGAGAUGAUGAGUCCUUUUAAUGAACUUCCAAAUUCAGAUUCCAGUAGGAAAGACAGCGAGUUGUACAGUGCGUUAACACAAGAUUUUUGUAUGUUAUUUAAAAACGAGCAUGAAAAAGUAGAGAAUGGUGUCAUCCCAGUAUCAGAUUCUGCCACACAGGGUAAUUCCUUUAAUAAAAAUAGUGAAACACACUCUAACAGCAGUACAACAGAGAACUCUGUGAUAUCAGAAACUCCUUUGGUAUUGCCCUGUAAUAAUUCUAAAGUUACCGGUAAAGAUUCAGAUGUUCUUAUCAGAGCUUCAGAAGAACAGAUAGAAAGUCCUGACUCUCCCAGUGGAAUGUUAGUGAAUCUGGUAGAAGAUGCCACAGGUGACCAAAAUGGAAUUUGUUUUCAAAGUGAGGAAUCUAAAGCAAGAGCUUGUUCUGAAAAUGAAGAGUCUAACACAUGUUCGGAUUGGCAGCAGCAUUUUGAUGUAGCCUUGGGAAGAAUGGUUUAUGUCAACAAAAUGACUGGACUCAGCACAUUCAUUGCCCCAACUGAGGACAUUCGGGCUGCUUGUACUAAAGACCUGACAACUGUGGCUGUGGAUGUUGUACUUGAGAAUGGAUCUCAGUACAGGUGUCAUCCUUUUAGAAGCGACCUUGUUCUUCCUUUCCUUCCGAGAGCUCGAGCAGAGAGGACGGUGAUGAGACAGGAAAACAGAGAUACUAUGGAUGAUACUGCUGGUAGUGAAUCACUUCAGUCUUUGUUCUCAGAAUGGGACAAUCCAGUAUUUGCCCGUUAUCCAGAGGUUGCUGUUGAUGUAAGCAGUGGCCAGGCUGAGAGCUUAGCAGUUAAAAUUCACAACGUCUUGUAUCCCUAUCGUUUCACCAAAGAAAUGAUUCAUUCAAUGCAGGUUCUCCAGCAAGUGGAUAACAAGUUUAUUGCCUGCUUGAUGAGCACUAAGACUGAAGAGAAUGGCGAGGCAGGUGGGAACCUGCUCGUGCUGGUGGAUCAGCAUGCUGCCCAUGAGCGUGUACGCCUGGAGCAGCUUAUCAAUGAUUCCUACGAGAAGCAACAGGCACAGGGCUCUGGUCGGAAGAAAUUACUGUCUUCUACUCUAAUUCCUCCACUAGAGAUAACAGUGACAGAGGAACAAAGGAGACUCUUACGGUGUUACCACAAAAAUCUGGAAGAUCUGGGCCUUGAAUUUGUAUUUCCAGACACUAGUGAUUCUCUGGUCCUUGUGGGAAAAGUACCACUCUGUUUUGUGGAAAGAGAAGCCAAUGAACUUCGGAGAGGAAGAUCUACUGUGACCAAGAGUAUGGUGGAGGAACUUAUCCGAGAACAAGUGGAGCUACUCCAGACCACAGGAGGCAUCCAAGGGCUACUGCCACUGACUGUCCAGAAGGUGCUGGCAUCCCAGGCCUGCCAUGGGGCCGUUAAGUUUAAUGAUGGCCUGAGCUUAGAGGAGAGUUGCCGCCUUAUUGAAGCUCUGUCCUUGUGCCAGCUGCCAUUCCAGUGUGCUCACGGGAGACCUUCUAUGUUGCCAUUAGCUGACAUAGACCACUUGGAGCAGGAAAAACAGAUUAAACCGAAUCUCGCUAAACUUCGCAAAAUGGCCCAGGCCUGGCGUCUCUUUGGAAAAGCAGAGUGUGAUACAAGGCAGAGCUUGCAGCAAUCCACGGCUCCCUGUGAGCCACCAUGAGAACAGAAUCACUAGUCUAAAAGGAACAAAGGGAUGUUCACUGUAUGCCUCUUAGCAGAGAGCAGCAGCAGCAGGUACCGGCACAGCCCUGACUGAAUCAGCCCAGUGUCCCUGAGCAGCUUAGACAGCAGGGCUCUUUGUAUCAGUCUUUCUUGAGCAGAUGAUUCCUCUAGUUGAGUAGCCAGAUGGAAUUCAAGCCUAAAGACAGCUCAUUCAUUUGCAUCUGUGGACACAAGAGGUUACCAUAUAAUGUCUACCUUUUGCUGCUUAUUUAAUGAUAAAAUUUAAUGAC